UUCCCGCCGCCCGCACUUUCUCUCACCAACCCCCCUCUCUCUCUCUCUUAAAUCUUUCCCCGAAAGCUCAAAGAAAAUGCUGGGACAGCAUUAAUACUAACAUUUGUACAUCUGCUCACCAUUUCAUUGUCUCUAAAUUAAAGAGCUCUCUUUAUCACUGCGUGUUUUAUGGUGUGUCUGUAUUUGCGAAAUGGCUGUUUCGAAGAGCAGCAAUAAGCAUCGGAGUUACAUUUCGGUUCCAGCACAGAUUAUCAACUCAAUCUCACAAUCAUCGAUCGAUUCUUUGCUACAACCGCCCAAGAACAAGCAGUCCUCCUCCUCAAAACUCAGGGUUCUGCUCAAGAAUCCAAGGUUCUUCUUUAUCUUGAUCUUCGUGUUCGGUUUACUUUGUAUGUUGAGGAGCUAUGAAUACCCAGUGACGCCUUUUUGGCAGAACCCGUGUUCUGUUUCGCAAGAAAAGGCAUCAAUCUCAAGUGGGUUCUCGAGUUCUCAGCUGAGUAUUGGUGAGAAAGAUCAGGAAAUUGGUGAAAAGAGUGAGUUUUGGAAGCAGCCUGAGGGGAUGGGAUACAGGCCUUGUUUGGAUUUCAGUGAGAAAUACCGAAAAGAGGGUGGCGAAAUUGUGAAGGACAGGACUAAGUAUUUGAUGGUGGUGGUUUCUGGAGGAAUGAAUCAGCAGAGGAAUCAGAUUGUUGAUGCUGUAGUUAUUGCAAGAAUUCUUGGAGCAGCUUUGGUUGUGCCCAUCCUGCAAGUCAAUGUAAUUUGGGGUGAUGAAAGUGAAUUCGCUGAUAUAUUUGAUUUGGAGCAUUUCAAGAAUGUUUUGGCAAAUGAUGUGCGAGUAGUUUCAUCUCUUCCCUCUACCCAUUUAAUGACAAGGCCAGUGGAGGAGAAGAGGACUCCCCUUCACGUUUCUCCGGAGUGGAUUCGAUCACGUUAUCUCAGACGGCUUAGGAGGGAUGGUGUAUUACUUUUGCGUGGUCUAGACUCAAGGCUUUCUAAGGAUCUCCCUUCUGAUCUCCAAAAGCUUCGAUGCAAGGUGGCGUUUCAAGCUCUGCGGUUCGCCCCACAUAUCUUGGAACUCGGUAACAAGCUUACAGAGAGAAUGAGAAGCAAGGGACCUUAUCUUGCUCUUCAUCUGAGAAUGGAGAAGGACGUGUGGGUGAGGACGGGGUGUCUCCCUGGUCUGAGCCAUGAGUAUGAUGAGAUGAUACAUAACGAAAGAAAGGCACGUCCAGAGCUCUUGACUUCACGAUCUAACAUGACCUACCAUGAUAGGAAACUCGCCGGCCUCUGCCCUUUAAAUGCUUUGGAAGUCGUUAGGUUGCUUAAAGCGUUGGGAGCUCCAAUGAGCACUAGAAUCUAUUGGGCAGGCGGAGUUCCGUUGGGAGGAAGAGAAGCUCUCCUGCCAUUGACAAGAGAGUUUCCUCAUUUCUACAACAAGGAAGACCUAGCAUUGCUUGGAGAACUAGAACCCUUUGCGAAGAAGGCGUCGUUAAUGGCUGCUAUUGAUUACAUUGUUUCUGAGAAUAGUGAUGUGUUCAUGGCAUCUCAUGGUGGCAAUAUGGGUCAUGCCAUCCAGGGGCACAGGGCAUACGCUGGGCACAAAAAGACUAUCAUCCCAAACAAAAGACAGAUGCUCCCAUACUUCAUGAACUCUUCUCUUCCUGAAGCCGAGUUCAAUAGAAUCAUACUCGACUUGCAUAGGGACUCGCUGGGCCAGCCGGAGCUUCGGACUAGCAAAGCCGGGAGGGACGUCACGAAAUAUCCCAUCCCAGAGUGCAUGUGCAACAAUACAAUAACACAACAUUCCUCCGCCUAGCUCCCUACAGUAUCACUCUUCACAACACAAACAUCCACUUGAUGAGUUAAACGAUGUGAUGAGCGACACAAACUUGAGAAAUGCACCAGGGCCUAGUCCCUUGAAGGCCGGCCACGGUUCACAGGUGUGAUGCUUGACUGUGAAUUGGUAUUUCAUCUCAUAUUCCACUUCACUUAUACUCAUCAUGUCUAUAAAAUCACUUGUUAUCUUCAGGUGAAUAUUUUAUACACGUGACAUGUAUACAUAUACUGAAAUAUAAGAUGAAAUAUCAAUUUGAAAUAAAGGAUCCAGUCCGACGUUGCACGCUAGGUGUUCAAGAUUUCGACAUUGAUAUCUGAAAAGGUGGAAGCAGAAUGGAGAGGAUUUUUUGACUAGUGAGAUAGCUUCAGUUCAAUGAUCUAUCAUAGAGGUUAGGUGAAAAGUAUACCUCACAUAUUCUUUUGAUUUGAUUUAUUCUUUAUGUUGUAUUGUUGUACUUGAGGCAACAUUUCAUACAUGUUUAUACAUACAAUACAGAGAGAUUAAUCGUAUGAACGUUGUUAUAGUUUCUGACUGAGAGAGACUUUACAUGUGAAAUGCUAUAUUCUCAUUUCUGUUUUUGGGAAUGCCCAUCAUUUGAACAAGAAUAAACCAACUCCAACCUCCA